GAUACUCUUUGUCUGUGCUACAGGCAUAAAGCCGCAUCAUUCCGCAGUAACACCGGCAAACUGACUAAGCAAACGACUCUUCUCCUCGGUAGACAACGUCAAUUCAACCAAGUAUAACCACAAAUUCUUGCCUCAACAUCACUUCAGCAGUCCAGAAACCCUAUCGCUCAAGGCGGAAGGAUCAUAUUCGUCCUUGUACGCCUGUCUCGAACCCUAUGAGGUGGCCAACAUUUCUGCCGACGAUACCGACCGAUCCAGAGUGAUGUCUGUAAAGACAGCCACAACAGUUUCGGAGGAAUUCAUCCGCGAAUCGAUCUACACUCGACUCAUAGUCGCGCCGGUACUGUUUGUGUCAUUCCUGAUCUCGUUAUUCUUCAUCGACCGCCAAACCGCAGGUGGUAUAUUUGGGCAGUCCAACAGCAAGGAUGCCUACUACCAUUCCCAUCAACGCAAAUUAGCCAAGAAGGAGAUGGACGAGGCAUUCCAAUUGCGACGUAAAGUAAUCUUGGCACUAUGCAUUCUAAGUGCGGUGCUGCUAGCAUUUGUUGCCUGGGGGAUCGAAUGGACCGUGUGGAAGGUCAGAGCUUGACGACCGUGGAAUGCCAUGUUGGACAUGUAUUGUACUUUGGGGAUCCGCAGAAUGGAUGCGACUGCAAAAUUCUUGAAUAGUGUCGUAAUGUGACGAUGUUUUGUUUCCAUCACUUUUCCGGUGCGUCUAAAGGGAAAUGUCAGCAUUGCACAAUGCCAUGAAAACGAGAUACAUAGGGACUGUAUCGACAUAACCACAAUGUACAUUGCGAAUAAGAUGACCUCGAUGGGCCGAACUGCAAAUCA